CUGAGCUCGCGAUGAAGGCGGUCGUGACGUCAGCUUGACCGUGCGGCUGCAAGGUCCACUUAAAAUGCUCGAGCUCUGCGAAAUGUCUCGCAAACUUCACCCCGUUCCUCUUGCUAUCCGUCCAACACAAGGAUAUAUAAUUCGCCCACCAUGGCUAUGGUAAGUCGCAGCGACUGCGACACUGGCAGCGCAUCGAUACUAGCUGGCUGAUUCCGCCGGUGUUACAGGCUAUCCAGAUGUAAGUCAUUUGCAUCGCCUUUCCAGCCAUAGUGGGAUAUGUAACUGAACUCAUGACGAAAAGCGCGACGUUCUUGCACCAGUGGUGGUACGCACAAAACUCAGUGCCUACAAAGACCUCAGACCCUCUCCGAAUCGGGAUCCUGUCAUCAGCCAUGAUCAACGCUGCAGGUAUCAUCCGGCCCGCACAGACUCACGGCGAGGUCGUGCUCUCCGCAAUCGCCUCCCGCGACUUCGAGACCGCACAAUCGCAGGCAAAGAAGUACAACAUCGCCCACGCGUUCGGCUCAUACGACGAGCUCCUCGACAGCCCGCUCGUCGACUUCGUCUACAUCUCGCUCCCGAACGGGCAGCACGGCGAGUGGGCAAUCAAGGCACUCGAGAAGGGCAAGCACGUCCUCCUCGAGAAGCCAUUCACCGCGAACGAGGCGGAGGCCCGGCGCGUGGUCGAGACCGCGCAGCGCACCGGGAAGGUUGUCAUGGAGGCGUUCCACUGGCAGUGUCACCCCGCAGCGCAUGCGUUCAAGGACAUCAUUUCCAAGCAUGGCAAGAUCCUAAAGACACACGCGAUCAUGACCUCGCCCAUCGGUUCCAUCCCCUCGUCGGACAUCCGCUGGCAGUUCGACCUAGCAGGCGGCGCGUUCAUGGACAUGACCUACGUCAUCUCCAGCACGCGCUUCGCGCUCGACGCCGGUGCACCCGUGCGCGUGGUGUCCGCGCACGCACGGCCCUCGCCGUGGGACGCGCGCGUCGACGAGGCGAUGGAGGCGACGCUCGUGUAUCGAAAGGGCUCCGCAGAGGGGAGCGAGGGCGAGUAUGACGUCGAGGCAGAGGUCUACGCGGACAUGCGCCGCGCGAACGUCGCAGGGGUCAUCCCGCGCGUGUGGGAGCUCCCCACGAUCGAGGUCGAGACGGAGCGUGCGGUCGUCACGCUCUACAACUUCAUGAUGCCUCACCUCUACCACUACAUCGCGAUCAAGGACAAGGCGACGGGCGAGACGCGGUACGUGAAGCACUACAAGCGCUCCGGCAAGACGCGCGAGCACGGCGAGGAGUACUGGAGCACGUACCGCUGGCAGCUCGAGGUGUUCGUCGACAAGCUCCGCGGGCGCGAGCCGGCGCACUGGGUCACGAACCAGAGCUCUGUUGAUCAGAUGAAGUCGAUCGACAUGGUCUACGAGGCUGCGGGGCUCCCGUUACGCCCAGCGACGAGGGAUGUCGUGAAGCAGUGAGGACGUUGAUUGACAUCGUAGAAAGAGAAAAGCAACUGUCAGGGCCGAGAUGGCCGUCGGAACCGCUGAACAGACGAUAGCAGGCUGAUUCAACGUGCGGGAUGCAUAGAAUUCAUGUGACACUAGUCAAAACCACCUACUUAUGUACUGUGAGUCGAGAAAAAAAGGGCAGG